AAUUUCUCUUUCUCUCUCUCCAAAUUUAAAAUGGAGCGAGAAUCCAACGGUUCCGAUUCCAUGUGGUGGUUGUUAUAUUCAUUUGAAUAAUUUGCUUCAUUUUGUGUCUGACUCUCAGAAGCGCUCUUCCAUCCUUUCCUCCCCUCUCUCGCCCUCCGCAUUUCUCAAGCAGAACUGAUAUUAGAAGAUGGCAGACGCUGAGGAUAUUCAACCCCUUGUUUGCGACAAUGGAACAGGAAUGGUCAAGGCAGGAUUCGCUGGAGAUGAUGCCCCACGCGCUGUGUUUCCUAGCAUUGUUGGCCGUCCUCGUCACACUGGUGUGAUGGUUGGCAUGGGCCAGAAAGAUGCGUAUGUUGGUGAUGAGGCACAGUCUAAACGUGGUAUUCUGACUCUCAAGUACCCCAUUGAGCAUGGUAUUGUUAGCAAUUGGGAUGAUAUGGAGAAGAUUUGGCAUCAUACUUUCUAUAAUGAGCUUCGUGUGGCUCCAGAAGAGCACCCGGUUCUGUUGACAGAGGCUCCUCUUAACCCUAAGGCUAAUCGUGAGAAGAUGACCCAAAUCAUGUUUGAGACUUUCAAUGCUCCUGCCAUGUAUGUAGCCAUUCAGGCUGUUCUUUCAUUGUAUGCCAGUGGUCGUACAACUGGUAUUGUGUUGGAUUCUGGGGAUGGUGUCAGCCACACAGUCCCAAUCUAUGAGGGUUAUGCCCUCCCACACGCCAUCCUUCGGCUUGAUUUGGCUGGUCGUGACCUCACUGAUUUCUUGAUGAAAAUUCUGACUGAACGUGGAUAUUCUUUCACCACGUCAGCAGAGCGUGAAAUUGUGAGGGAUAUGAAGGAGAAGCUGGCUUACAUUGCCCUUGACUAUGAGCAAGAGCUAGAGACAUCCAAGACUAGCUCUGCAGUGGAGAAAAGCUAUGAAUUGCCUGAUGGGCAGGUUAUCACCAUUGGUGCUGAGCGUUUCAGGUGUCCUGAGGUCUUGUACCAACCAUCCAUGAUAGGGAUGGAAGCAGCAGGCAUUCAUGAAACCACAUACAACUCCAUAAUGAAAUGUGAUGUAGACAUCAGGAAAGACCUGUAUGGUAACAUUGUCCUUUCAGGAGGUACCACCAUGUUCCCUGGCAUUGCUGAUAGAAUGAGCAAGGAAAUUUCUGCUUUGGCCCCCAGCAGCAUGAAGAUCAAGGUGGUUGCACCUCCUGAGAGAAAGUACAGUGUCUGGAUUGGAGGUUCUAUCUUGGCAUCCCUGAGCACCUUCCAGCAGAUGUGGAUUGCAAAGGCAGAGUACGAUGAGUCUGGACCAUCAAUUGUGCAUAGAAAGUGCUUCUAAAUUGUUUGAGCAAUAGGGUUAUUGAAGGAAAAGACAGCUGGUUAUUUUUCCUCGGGAAGUAGUGCUGCACUUGCUUGUAACCCUUUCAUUUUAUUCAUACUUUUGUUAUUCGUUCACGUUAUUCUCUGGAGUGGUGAUUUGGAGAAGGCGAGGAGUUUAUUUUGUUAAAAUGGUGAAAAUUUUCAGUAUUAUUAUAUAUUUUGAUUUUGAUUUUUUUGGAGAUUCA